AUGGCUGAGCUGACGUUCUCAUCUUUGCAUUGGGCGAUGCGCGAUCGCCCUGGAAUGGCUCUUAUUCCACCCAAGUUGCAGAAAGCCGCUGUUGACGUAACGGUUCUACCAGCCAUGUUAGGGCAGGAAUCCAAUGUUGGUAGACGUGAUACUUGGGCACCUCUGACUUCGCUGAACACGGAAGCAGCUUUGCUCUUGCUUCCUGAGACGGUCUUGGAGCGGAUUCUCCUGGCGACGGAGCAAAAGGGAGAGCUCCGGUUCGUCUGCAAGGCUUUCUAUGUCACCAUAUCUAAAUCAAUUAAAGACCUGAAGCUGCCAAGAGGGGUUUUGAGAACGCUGGACACCCUUGCUAAGCUGCGUCAUCCUCUGACGUCGUUGGCGGUGCUGAAUCUGUCCAGCCCCCUGCCGCCUCCGUCCGCGACAACAUUAGCCUACCUCACCUCGUGCGGUUUGGUAGAGCUGCAGCUGCAAGAUGUGUCUAUCCAAAGAGCCACCAGCGACGGCGCCACAAACUUGUUGCGCUCAUUUCCACAAUCCCUAGAGCGCCAGCCCAUGGUCGGCUCCCUGGCCGACUCCAUCCGGACACGUGGCGCGGCCAUGGUGCAGUUCGCGCGCUCCCUGCCCUCCCUGCGGCGGCUGUCCCUGUGCAAUGCCGCAUUCUCAACAUCCGACGUGGCAGCCCUGUCGGCGCUGACGGGUCUUGAGGAGCUUUCGUUGGUCGGUGCAAUGGAAUGCAGCGCGACAUUGGCCCCUGCCUGCCCCGAGGCCACGCAUUCCCAAAUUCGAACGCAACGACCCAAGCUGCUGGAAGCAAUGGUGGCUGUACCCGUGCACCAGCAGCUCCUGGCUGCCCUGCCGCGACUGCGCAGCCUCCACUUGCCUAUGGCCAUUUCCGUCUCUCAUGGAGGAUGGGUGGGCGGGGACCUUUCCGAUAGCGACGAUGACGACGCCGACGUCGAUUAUGCUGGCGGAGCGGGUUUUGGUGGCCGUUUGCGUAUGCCGGUCUCUGGCAACGAGGAGGCCAGCCGCACCAGGGAGGGCGCCGUCCAGGACUUUGGCAAGGGCGGAGCUCAACUUCAUCUAGGCCGAGAAUCCAAUACCCAAAUUGCAGUUCAAUACCAGACCAUUGAGCUAGGUGACAUGGGAGACGGAUCGGCUGAGACGUGUGUUUGCACCAUGGAUAGAGCGUGCAGGUGCCGCUGGUCGUUUCCUCCGCACCUUGAGGAGUUGACCAUCCCGCUGUGUUCCCUAAACGGGCCUGUCUUCCGCGCGGCAUGUGAGGUGUACGGCGGCAUGGACGACACGUACGGAGACGAUAGUGGCGGGGCAUGGGCCCCCCACCGGCGCCUUCGCGCCCUGCACAUCACCUGCGCGCCUGGCUACACGACUUCCCAAGGUUCCUUUCUCAACGCUGAAGGUGACUUUGCCGUUUUGGCUCGCUUGGCUCCCUCCCUGGAGUCUCUACACCUCUGUUUGGAGCUGGGGGCCUCGGGCCGAAAUGCACUGCGGAGGGACCGACUGAGGGGGUGCCUGCGCCACCUAAAGGCGCUGAACAAAAUAAAGGACUUGCGCAUUGCGGAGACGCAGCAGCCCACGUGCUUUGCUGUGCGCAAGGUUCCAGGUGCCAAGCAGGACAUAAUAUCUUACCUCCUGGACGAGCCACACGAGGCUGCUCGGCUGUGCGCUGAUGUCCGACUGCCGCCCUUGUCUCUCCUCGGCAAUGGAUCCUAUGCUGCACGCCCUUGGAAUGGCGGUCUCCUAUUUGCCCAACUGGCAGUGCCGUUACCACUUUUUGCACUGGAUUCCACGCCACUUUCGUGGCCAUGCGCCAGCCCUGGGCGCUGCCUUGACUCUCUACUGACCCACUGGCCGCUCCUCGAGACGCUAUCGGUGUGUGGCCAGUGCGCGGUCCGCAGCAGUAGUGGUGGCCGCAUCCGACUGGUGCCACUGGAAUAG